AUGAUUCAAAAUGAAAUCAAAAAUGCACUGAGUACACUCAAUGUUGACAUUAAUUUUAGAAAAAAUCCUAGUUUAGCAAAAAUCCCAAAAAAAAGGAAAAAAAAUUUAGCCGACAAGGAAAAAGAGCGCUUAAAGGAGAUGGAAGAAAAGCGUAUUGAAGAAAGAAAACCCAAAAUUAUGAAACGAAAUGCUAAAGAGGAACGAAUAGCGAAAGGUAAAGAGACACGUGGCAAAGGUGAUUAUUCGACUAUGGACGAUGUACUGAGUGAUUGGGAUUCUGAAAGAGAUGGUAAAAAGAUAAAUGAGGAUGAUGGUCAGAAAUCAAGAGCCAAUACAAAUCUCGAAGGUGUUAUGACAUCAGAAAGAUUCCAUUACUAG